UCCCCUCUAUAAAUACCCCAGCUGCUUUACUCAUUCAUUUACGCCUAGUUCCACUCAUCACAAAACAAAUUAGCAUUACGGAUUUUCGCUCACAAUGGGAAAGAAUGGAAAGGAUGGAGAAAACAAGAAAAAGGGUUCCUUAACGGUUGUUCUGAAAGUUUAUUGUCUUUGUAAAGAUUGUAUCUCCCAAAUCCUCAGCAUGGAUAAACUCGAAGGCGUGGAGACGGUAAUUAUAGAGAGCAGCUCAAAAAAAGUGACAGUGAUAGGAGCUGUGGAACCGACAGCCAUUAAAGAGAAACUCGUGAAGAAAACCAAGAAAAAAGUUGACCUCAUUUCUCCUCAACCAAAGAAAGAUGAUAACAAAAAAGAGAAAACAGAGAAAAAACCUGACAAAGAGAAAAACAAGGAUUCUGAUAAUAAACGGGACAAAAAACCCAAAGAGGCCUCGGUGAUGACAGUCGAUUUGAAGGUGCAGCUGAAAUGCCAAUGCCAGGGAUGCAUUGAUAAGAUUAGCAAAAUUGUCGAUAAAACCAAAGGAGUGCAUGGCUUCAAAAUAGACAAGGAGAAAGAGCUGAUAACAGUUAAGGGGACUAUGGAUGUUAAGGCCUUGGCUGAUGCUUUGAAGGACAAACUCAAGAAUGUUGAGAUUGUGCCACCUAAGAAAAAGAAAGAUGGCAACAAUGAGGGUGGCAAGAAUGGCGACAACAACAACAAGAAGAAGAACAAAGGUGGCAAUGGUGGUGGAGAGGGUGGAAAUAAGGUUAAUGCUAGUGCUAAUAGCAUUAGAGAUAUAAAUGACAUAUCAAUACUUCCAAAUUAUUCGAAUUCAAUUAGGAUAAAAUUUGAAUUUGGUUCGAUCAUUUUUGAGUCAAGCUCUAAAGUUCAAAAAUUUUAAUUCUCGACUCGAGUGAAUAGUUUUCGAAUGUAAUCUAACUUUUAUAUUUUUAUUUGUAAUAUUUUAAUUAGUAAUUUAUUAUGUUACCUUAAUAUAUUUAACCUAUAAAACCUUAAUUUUUUUUUCAUUUUAUUGUUUCUCUCUCAAUCCCUGUCUUUACCAUCCCACAAAAAAAUACACUAUGGUGCCCCUUCCUCUCAAUCUCUCCCAAUCCUUUUCGACGCCUAUGUAGUAGCCAACUAAACAUCUUCUUGACGUUGGAUUAGUCUUUCUCGCUCCCCUGAUCCCAAGCUAACCGUGCCCUUUUUCCUCUCACUCUCUCCCAAUCAUUUAUGGGUUAGUCCCUCCAGAUAAUUUUUUAUAACUUUUUUAGUAUUUUGGAUGCUUCUUAUGUUUCCAAACGGGACACUUUGAUAGUAAAAUUUACCAACCUUGCAAUUUGUUCUAAUGGUAUAAGGAAUUUGUAAUCCAAUGGGUCUCUAUUUUUUUUUAAUUGUUUUCACAGUCGAUGUUCUAUCAAUUUCUCAGAUGUAAUGUGAUUGAAUUUCUGUGCUU